AUGGCUGAGGAAGCGAGGCGCGGGGCCGGGCCCCGAGCGGCCGCCGGCCGGGAGCUGGGGAUGCUGCUGCUGCUGCUGCUAUGCCUGGGGGUCCCCCCGGGGCGCCCCUACAACGUGGACCCGGAGAGCGCGCUGCUCUACCGGGGCUCCCCCGGCACCCUCUUCGGCUACUCCGUGGCGCUGCACCAGCACGGGACCCACCGAUGGCUCCUGGUGGGAGCGCCCACUGACACCUGGCUCGCCAACGCCUCGGUGGUCAAACCCGGGGCCAUUUACCGGUGCAGGAUCGGCCAGAAUCCGCGCGGCUCCUGCGAACAGCUCCAACUGGGGAGUCCUGCUGGAGAGCCUUGCGGAAAGACUUGCUUGGAAGAGAGAGACAAUCAGUGGUUGGGGGUCACACUGUCCAGGCAGCCUGGAGAAAAUGGAUCGGUCGUGGCCUGUGGGCAUAGAUGGAAAAAUAUAUUUUACAUAAAAAAUGAAAAUAAACUCCCCACUGGUGUUUGCUAUGGAAUACCGGCCAACUUACGAACAGAAGUGAGUAAAAGGAUAGCUCCAUGUUAUCAAGAUUAUGUGAAAAAAUUUGGGGAAAAUUUUGCGUCAUGUCAAGCUGGGAUAUCCAGUUUUUACACAAAGGAUUUAAUUGUGAUGGGAGCCCCAGGAUCUUCUUAUUGGACUGGUUCUCUCUUUGUCUACAAUAUAACUACCAACAAAUACAAGGCUUUCUUAGACAAGCACAAUCAAGUAAAAUAUGGAAGCUAUUUAGGGUACUCCGUUGGAGCUGGUCAUUUUCAGAGUCCUCACACGACAGAAGUAGUUGGAGGAGCCCCCCAACAUGAACAGAUUGGUAAAGCAUACAUCUUCAGCAUCGAUGCAAAAGAGCUAAAUAUCUUAUAUGAGAUGAAAGGUAAAAAGCUUGGAUCCUACUUUGGCGCUUCCGUCUGUGCCGUGGACCUCAACGCAGAUGGCCUCUCCGACCUGCUCGUGGGCGCGCCCAUGCAGAGCACCAUCAGGGAGGAAGGGAGAGUUUUCGUGUACAUCAACUCCGGCGUGGGAGCAGUAAUGAAUGAAAUGGAAACAGAGCUCAUUGGAAGUGACAAAUAUGCUGCAAGAUUUGGGGAAUCUAUAGUUAACCUUGGCGACAUUGACAAUGAUGGCUUCGAAGAUGUUGCUAUCGGCGCUCCCCAAGAAGAUGGCCUGCGAGGGGCUAUUUAUAUUUAUAAUGGCCGAGUCGACGGGAUCUCACCCACCUUCUCACAGAGAAUUGAAGGACUUCAAAUUAGCGACUCCUUAAGUAUGUUUGGACAGUCCAUUGCUGGACAAAUUGAUGCUGACAACAACGGGUAUGCAGAUGUAGCAGUUGGGGCUUUUCAGUCCGAUACUGCCGUGUUGCUAAGGACAAGACCAGUAGUGAUUGUUGAUGCUUCUUUAACCCACCCCGAGUCAGUGAAUAGAACACAAUUUGACUGUAUUGAAAAUGGAUGGCCUUCUGUAUGCAUUGAUCUGAAACUCUGCUUUUCCUAUAAAGGCAAAGAGGUUCCAGGCUAUAUUGUCUUGUUUUAUAACAUGAGUCUGGAUGUGAACAGAAAGGCGGAGUCUCCACUGAGAUUUUACUUUUCUUCUAAUGGAACCUCUGAUGGGGUCACAGGAAGCAUACGAGUGUCAAGCACGGGAGUUAGCUGUAGAACACAUCAAGCAUUCAUGCGGAAAGAUGUGCGGGACAUUAUCACUCCCAUUCAAAUAGAAGCGGCUUUCCACCUUGGGCACCACGUCAUCAGUAAGCGCAGUACGGAGGAGUUCCCACCCCUGCAGCCGAUUCUUCAGCAGAAAAAAGAAAAAGACACUAUUACAAAAACGAUCAACUUUGCAAGGUUUUGUGCCCAUGAAAAUUGUUCUGCUGAUUUACAAGUGUCUGCAAAGAUUGGAUUUUCAAAGCCGCAUGAGAAUAAAAGCUAUCUUGCUGUGGGAAGUAUGAAGACAUUAAUGUUGAAUGUGUCCUUGUUUAAUGCUGGCGAUGAUGCGUAUGACACCACUCUGCAGGUCAGACUGCCCACCGGUCUGUACUUCGUGAAGAUGUUAGACCUGGAAGAGAAACAAAUAAACUGUGAAGUAAUAGACAAGUCGGGCCUUGUAGAACUCGACUGCAACGUUGGCUAUAUAUAUGUGGAUCGUCUGUCAAGGUUGGAUAUUAGCUUUCUCCUGGAUGCAAGCUCACUCAGUCGAGCCGAAGACAACCUCAACAUCACAGUGCAUGCUGCCUGUAAAAAUGAAGAAGAAAUGGACAGUCUGAGGAAUAACAAAGUGACGUUAGCAAUCCCUCUGAAGUAUGAGGUCAUGCUGGCUGCUCAUGGGUUUGUCAACCCAACCUCAUUUGUUUAUGGAUCACUUGAGGAAAAUGAACCUCAAACGUGCAUGGCGGAGAAAAUUAACUUCACGUUCCAUGUUAUCAACACAGGCCAUAGCCUGGCUCCAAAUGUCAGUGUGGAAAUAAUGGUGCCAAAUUCUUUUACUCCCUACAACGAAAAACUGUUCAACAUUUUGGAUGUGCAGACUACUACCGGGGAAUGCCAUUUUGUAAAUUACCAACGAGUGUGUGUUCAGCAGCGGAAGAGUACGGUGGAAACCAUGAAAGACAUGCUCAAUUUCUUGUCAAAGUCUGACAAGAGGCUCUUGUUCUGCACAGUCGAUGAUCCACAUUGCUUAAUCUUCUUAUGCCAUUUGGGGAAAAUGGAAAGUGGAAAAGAAGCCAGUGUUCACAUUCAGUUGGAAGGCAGACCAUCUGUUUUAGAAAUGGAUGAGACAUCAUCACUCAAGUUUGAAAUCAGAGCGACAGCCUUUCCGGAGCCAAAUCCAAAAGUCAUUGAAUUAAACAAGGAGGAGAAUGUUGCACAUGUUCUACUAGAAGGACUACAUCAUCAAAGACCCAAACGUUUUUUCACUAUCCUUAUCAUUUCUAUUAGCUUACUACUUGGACUUAUCUUACUUUCAUUAAUCUCAUAUGUUAUGUGGAAGGCUGGCUUCUUUAAAAGACAAUAUAAAACGAUCCUGCAAGAAGAAAACAGAAGAGACAGUUGGAGUUAUGUGAAUAGCAAAAGUAAUCCUGAGGAUUAAAGACUCCUUUAAAGUGUAGAGAGCUCACAAACACACCGGGCUGCAGAAAUUUAAGACAGUGUUUACAAGAAAGCAUGAAUUUUACUAAGGGUUCUUCCAUCGACUUCCAGGACAUAAUGAAAGUGAAAUCCUCAACCCAGGAUUGUUCUCUGCAAGAAAAUAACUUGCAAAUGUAAUAUUCAUCAUGCAAAGAUAUUUCAGAUCUCAGGUGGGUUGAAAAACACUAAAGCAUUCAGUUUAUUCAACCAGAAUCCCUAGAAGACAUGGUCAAUGGGGUUGUAUCUGAACAAAUCUUGGAAUUGAAAUAUCUUUCCUCUCAAAGAAAUAUUAGUUACCAUCGUUGCUUGUCUUGGUAAAAACAAAAAUCUACUGAAUGGGCAAUCUUUUUGAGAUCUAUUUGAAAACAAAGGUUCUUAAAAAUGUCACAGAAUAUUUCAGAGAGCUACUUCCAACUAUAUGAAAGCGGAUCAUUAUUGACAAUAAUAAUUCAUCCUCAAAGAUGCUCAUGAGUGCACAGCCCUGUGGGCUCCUUCACCAACCAUUUAGUUACUGUUCUACAAACAAUAGUGACCAGGAAGCGAACGUCAGAGCCAACGCGUAGUUUAAAAAGCUGCUUCAGCGUAGCCGUGGUGCGGUGCCUGUGGGUGUACAUGUGUUUUAGAGUAAUAUAUGUGUUGACGAAGGUAAAAUCACUGGUCCUUCUACAUCACGAUGUUAACGAGCGGCUAUUGUUGGGUGCUGUCAAUUCAUUUUAGAUUUGAACCAACCAAAUGUGCGAGAGAACGCCUUCUAGGGUUUUCCUCACUGUAAUCUUUACAGAAUAGAUUACCAGGCCUUUUGACUGUGUACUCAGAAGAUAUUUUUAUUUUAAAUCAGCCUCAGAUUUCUAUGUUUAU